UCUGUUUCCUUUUUCUGGAUCCCAUGACGUCAUCAUAGUUGUUUGGUAGAAGAAAAGACCUAAGAAAUAGAACCGUCAAAAAUAUACGGUGUCCGACGCAGUUUUAUGGUUAAAAUAACAAAUUUCGCGUUCUGAAGUAGCAAUGUCUACCCCAGCUAGAAGACGACUCAUGAGAGAUUUCAAAAGACUUCAAGAGGACCCUCCUGCUGGUGUGAGUGGAGCUCCCUCGGAAAACAACAUUAUGCUGUGGAAUGCAGUCAUAUUCGGACCUGAGGGAACCCCAUUUGAGGAUGGAACUUUCAAGCUUGUGAUUGAGUUUUCAGAAGAGUACCCAAACAAGCCUCCAACAGUGCGGUUCAUCUCAAAAAUGUUUCACCCAAAUGUUUAUGCAGAUGGGAGUAUAUGUUUAGACAUCCUUCAGAAUCGUUGGAGCCCAACAUACGACGUCUCAUCCAUUUUAACAUCCAUCCAGUCUCUCCUGGAUGAGCCUAACCCCAACAGCCCGGCCAACAGCCAGGCGGCCCAGCUGUACCAGGAGAACAAGCGGGAGUACGAGAAGAGGGUGUCUGCCAUCGUGGAGCAGAGCUGGAAAGACUCCUAACAGCGGAGCGGCCAUCUUUUCCCGCCAUGUUUAAAUUCAUUCUUUUCAUUUACCUCAUCCACAAACCAAGGCAACAGCAGAACAACUUUUAAGUGCCACAAGGAAAAAAUAGGGACUUUUACUUGCCAACAUGUUUAAAAAAAGAGAAAAGAAAAAAAGAAGCAGCCUUUUGAGGUUUGUGUUAUUAUUGUUCAUUUUUUAUUGCAUGAUGUGAAAUAAGUUAUUGCUAACAGAACUGUAAUAUAUCUGUGUUGGGUUGAUGGUGCUCUUCAGCUUCUACACAAAACUUAUUUUUAAAUGUUUUUUUUUCUUGGUUUGAACAGCAUUGGUUGUUAAAGAGUGUUUGUGUCUCACUGA